CAGAUUCAAAUGCAGAUUGUGGGUAAAACUGGAACAGGAAAGAGUGCCACAGGAAACACUUUACUGGGACAGGAAGUGUUUAAGACAGACGUCUCACCUGAGGAAGUCACAACUGAGUGCAGCAGACGUUCUGCCACACGAGAAGGACAGAAUAUCUGCGUCAUCGACACGCCGGGAUUCUGCAGCACUUCAACAACUGACAAUGAAGAAACACUGAAGACACAUUUGGAGAGAUGUGUUAAACUGAGUGUUCCUGGUCCUCAUGUUCUUCUGCUGAUGCUCAAUCUGGGCAUGAGAUUCACUGCGGAGGAGGAGACCGCCGUAAAACAGAUCCAGGAGAACUUUGGUGAAGAUGCUGUAAGAUACACCAUCGUUCUGUUCACUCACGCUGAACAGCUGAGAGGUAAAACAUUAAAAGAAUACGUAGAAGAAAGCAGACAUCUGAAGACUCUUACAGACAGAUGUGGAGGCAGAUAUCACGCAUUCAACAAAGAAAACAUGGCCAACAACACUCAGGUCAGAGAUCUUCUGAAGAUGAUAGAGAGAAUGAUAAGAGCUAAUGGAGAAGAGCAUUACACGAAUGACAUGUUUAAAGAAGCUCAGAGGAAGAUCAAAAGAUUAGAGAUGUUGAGAAGAGCAGGAGAUGUGGCUUUAGGAGUUGGAUCAGCUUUAGGAACAGGAGCGGCUGUAGCAGGAGGUGAUGGGCGUGACGGAGGCUGUGGCUUUACCUGCAGUCGCUUUAGCAGCCGGAUGCGCAGCCGGGGUAGGGAUGGGCGUCAAACUCAUUGUGAACAAGGUCAAAGAAAACAAAGAUAAGGAUAAAAAAAGAAAUCUCCUUUAAACACAUUCAUGUUACCCAAAGUAUUACCCAAAUAAAUUGUAUUUUUAUAUAAAGCACUGUA